AACUCAGUUCCCCCUUCCCCUACCGAGCCAAUAGGAACACAGCAUCAUACUAGCCGUAUAAGGCUUGAGCCAAUUAGAGAUGGCGAUGGUAGCAAGUGCUGCUCAAGAUGGCGGCGCCCAUCUCUAUAGUUGUACAGUACAGUUUUCGAUAGCGGCUGUUCUGGAGAAAACAUUUACAAUUUUUCGGCCUUGGUUUUAUAGGAAAGAUGCUGCGGGCCUCACUCCGAGAGAUUUCUGCAGCAUUAAAGGAAGGGCAAGUAAGUCCAGUAGAGCUCUGUCAAAAGUGUCUUGCCUUAAUCAAGGCCACCCGAUUUCUUAAUGCUUAUAUCUCUGUAACGGAGGACACAGCAUUAAAACAGGCUGAAGCAUCUGAAAAAAGAUACAGAAAAGGCCAGAGGCUGGGAGAUUUAGAUGGAAUUCCUAUUGCAGUGAAAGACAACUUCAGUACAGCGGGUAUUGAAACAACAUGUGCAUCCAAUAUGUUAAAAGGUUAUAUCCCCCCUUACAAUGCAACAGUAGUUCAGAAAUUGCUGGAUCAAGGAGCUAUACUUGUUGGAAAAACAAAUCUAGAUGAAUUUGCUAUGGGCUCUGGAAGCACAGAUGGCGUGUUUGGACCAGUGAGAAACCCCUGGAGUUAUUCACAACAAUACAGAGAAAAAUGUGUGCGAAAUCCCACCAUGAGUAAUGAAGAGCUAAGCUGGUUGAUAACGGGCGGAAGCUCUGGAGGCAGUGCAGCUGCAGUAUCCUCUUUCACAUGCUUUGCGGCACUGGGAUCUGAUACUGGAGGGUCAACCAGAAAUCCAGCCUCUCUCUGUGGAGUUGUUGGUUUGAAGCCAACAUAUGGCUUAAUUUCUCGGCAUGGCCUCAUUCCACUAGUGAAUUCUAUGGACGUUCCAGGCAUUUUAACUAGAUGUGUGGAUGAUGCAGCCACCAUGUUGGGAGUACUUGGUGGGCAUGAUCCAAAAGACUCAACCACAGUACAGGAUCCCUUUCAUCCCUUUCAAAUACCCAGUAUUACGGAUACCAGUCAACUCUGCAUAGGCAUACCAAAGGAAUACAAUGCACCGGGUAUGUCGAGUGAAACACUUGCCGUGUGGUCCAAAGCAGCUGGCCUCUUUGAGAAAGCAGGCGCCAAAGUGGUUGAAAUUAGUCUGCCCCAUACUUGUUACUCAAUUGUCUGUUACCAUGUGUUGUGUGCAGCUGAAGUAGCAUCAAACAUGGCCCGAUUUGAUGGCCUUGAGUAUGGACAUCGCAACAGUACUGACAAGUCUACUGAAGCUUUGUAUGCAGCAACACGCCGGGAAGGCUUUAAUGAUGUUGUAAGGGGAAGAAUUUUAUCAGGAAACUAUUUCUUACUAAAACAGAAUUAUGAAACCUAUUUCAUUAAAGCCCAGAAAGUGAGAAGACUCAUUGCUGCUGAUUUUGCAAAAGUCUUCAGUGCUGGUGUUGAUGUUCUGCUUACUCCUACUACUCUGAGCAGUGCUGUGCCAUACAUGGAUUUCAUCAAAGAAGACAACAGAACCCGAAGCACCCAGGAUGACCUUUUCACUCAGGCUGCUAACAUGGCUGGCCUACCAGCUAUAAACGUUCCUGCAGCACUCUCUGAAAGAGGCUUGCCAAUUGGGCUGCAGUUUAUCGGCCGUGCAUUCUGUGAGCUGCAGCUUCUCACUGUAGCUAAAUGGUUUGAAGAGCAAGUGCAAUUCCCUGUGAUUCAGCUACAGGAGAUAAUGGACCAGAUUGAUACUGUCUCUCAAGAGGAGAAAUCAGCAUCUUUUCCUUGAUCCAAGACUGGAAGUUAAUAACUAUAUAAAUGGUAGAGCAGCCUGCUUCUGUGUUCAAAGACUCAAGAAUACAAUUUCUGAAUGAGAGAGAGACUGAUUCAAGAAGCAAACACAUUAAUAUGGAGUACAAAGAAAAAUCAUCAGAGGUCUUUAGAAUGCAAUUAAGUUUGUAUGAGUCUUGGGACUGUAAUCAGUUUCUAAAUACAAUAUUUAUUCAAGUGCAAGACUAAGUUUCUUCCAGCUGUGACAUCAAAAGAAAAAGGGGGUUGUCUUAAAUCUGCAUACAGAUUAUGUCCAACAAUAAAAAUAUUUUUGAUGUAA